UCGAGCUUUUAAGAUGGAUCUGGCCAGAGAUUUGAUCCUCAUGAUGAAAUCUAAAUGCAAAUCUCAUGUGGGGUAUGGCCUCCAAGCCGAGUGCGAGGGUCUAGUGGGUCACAUCCUGGAGAACAUGGCCAAGUCGCAAAUGCCAGUCCUCCAGAUAGACAAGAAGAACGACGAAACGUCCAUGAAAUAUCGAGAAGAAGGAAAUGAGUAUUUCGUCGCUGGAGACGAUGUAAAAGCGAUCGAGACGUACACAAAGAGUCUAGCAUACGCCAAAACGAAUCAACAGAUGGCGUAUGCGCACGCAAAUCGUUCGGCAGCGCUUUAUCGCAAGAAAAUGUACAAAGAAUGUAUAAUGGACGUAAAAGAGGCCCUAGAGCUCGAUUAUCCCGAGGAGAAGCGCAAGAGACUAGAGGAGAGGGGCCUGAAGGCCAUGGCAGAACUCGCGAAACUCCUGAAUAUAAAGUCAAAUGAGGCUGAUGAAGACAUCGAGGAUUCCCUCUUCGCCCAGUCGGAUUCUUCCCAGAAGAAGAAAUUCCCUCUGAUAUCGGAAGGGGAAGUGGACGGAUCGUCCAAGAAGAGUCCGGAGAUUCAGUUGCCCAAGGAGAUAUCAGUGCCUUCAGACCCCAAUUCUUCGGGGACCUUCGUGAAGCCUAGGUACCUCCAGCACCCCGAAUACAUGUCGUUCCCCCACGGACCGAGUGAAGAGGCUCCAGCCAACAGCGAUGGAGUUCAAAUUUCAUUCUCCAAGAAAUAUGGGAGACAUUUGGUGGCUACCAAGGAGUUCAAACCUGGGGACAUCCUCACGAUGGAAAGACCAUUCUCGUGGGUUAUUUAUAGAGACAAGUUCUAUACACACUGUCACCACUGCCUGGAGCGAUGCUACGCCCUGCUGCCCUGUCCGGAAUGUCCAAUCUCCCAGUACUGCUCGGAGAAGUGCCGAACUAUGGAUUGGGACUGGGCCCACAGAAUCGAGUGUCCAGUUCUGUCAGGUCUCGUUAAUCUUCUCAAUGUCGACGAGGAUAAGGUGCGAAUGGUGAUGAAGAUCAUAAGGAUGCUGAUGCCUGCAACAUUGAACGGAAGGAAAAUUGAAGAGUUGAGGAGAGAUAUGAAGAACGCGGAGAUGAAUCCAGAUGACAGAACAGCCGGAUUUACUGACUUGGGAAUUCUGGACAGCUCGAGUCCAAGAUCAGCUCUGAGUUUGGCAACUAAUAUGAUCACGAGGCCUAUUAUUGGAAUAAGUGCAUUCGCCUGUGUUUCGGCACUCGCUGCUAUGCUUCUAGCCACCCAGACAGAAUUUUUCGGGAGAAAGUACAAGUGGAACGAGCUCAGGGAUAUCAAUAAACAUCCGGAUAUCAAGUUCUGUGGGAGCUUGAUGCUCAGGGCCUGUGUCAUCACUUCCUCCAAUUGUUUUUCAAUUCAACCAGAGCCAGGGAUUAAGUCCGGUUCAGGUCUGUACGUGACCCACAGCUUGUACAACCACUCCUGCGCUCCAAAUACCUUCAGGCACUUCGAGGGACUCACCAUGAUAACUCGUGCAAUGGAGCCCAUUCAUCCUGGCGAUCAGAUAUUCACGGGCUAUGGGGCUGACUACUCCUACAUGGCCCUGGCCAAAAGAAAGGAGAAACUUAUGGACGAGUACUUCUUCGAUUGCCAGUGUCCAGCGUGCAUCAAUGACUGGCCGACUUACGAUGAGAUUCUGAAAAAUCACGUUGGUUCCAUCACCAAGGACAAAAGCCUCGUCCAACGUCUGAAACCAUACAAACAGAGAUUACUCGCCAAUAAGUACGACAUCGAGGCUGUCAGGGAGGUGCUUUGCAUACUCCAUGGGGCUGUCAGCCUGCCAUGUGAGGAGAUUUUGCACGGGGUUCAGUACCUCAGGAGUUUCUACUUGGGUAAAUUGCACAGAAGUCGUUAAUCAUCGCUUUUCGCUUCGACCUUGGCUACUGACCCUUUUUAUUUAUCACAAUUAAGCUUCAGCUUCUCGCUCUUGUCUACACGAAUUUCAAUCGAUAUUUCAACGCUUUAUUGUGAUUUCUAGAUCCUUAGGAACUUCGGGGGACUCUUCGUUCGUGGAUGUGGGUUCUCUUUUCUCUUCGAUUUAUUUUGAUAUUCAAAUGUUACAUACUUGUGAAUGGAUCGAAUACAGUGUACACAUUAAAGGUAGAGGAAAUUACAGUUUAGUAUUAUCGAUUUUGUGAAGUGGUAAAACGUAAUUUUCCAGGGUUUUUCGUCGACUGGAGAAUUUUUUUAAUGAAUUAUUGAAUCAUUACGUUUUGCCGUUUCAUUGCAGUUUGUUAUUCAUUAAGUGA